ACCACAGUAACAUUUAGAAAACAUCACGCAGUAGUUGUAGUUUAUGCCUCAAUACAAGACGCGAGAUUUAAAAUCAUGCUUUAGUUUUACGUAUAAAUGACAUUUGGUACAAAAUAAUAAACAUUUUAUUUGUGUGUUAGUUAUGGCCUUAAGUUUCAAUCUGUUUUGUGUCGUUUUAUUUAUUUUUCUCCAACUUUCACUUUUUGUGAAUUGUUUUCAUUAUAUCAAACCCGAAAUUCUUUCGGAAUACGAAACGAUUAUCAAUGUUGGUGAUAAUUUCACUGUAUUAUGUCAAGGGGAAACCCCGUUGACGUGGAAGGUUCCAGAAGUUAAGGACGAAAACUACACCCAUUGGACAACCAUAAACACCGUAAGCGUUCUACCAAAGAACAAUACUUUCAAAUACGCCAGCAGAAUCUUCAUAACUAAUGCCACUUUCCCUUUUACGGGAUUCUACAAGUGUCAUGGUACAAAUAUUGAUCCUUCAGACGACGAUUUAGUAGCAAGCAUUUAUCUUUACAUUAAAGAUGAUGAGCAUUUAUCUGCAACUGUGGAAGACGUAGACACUAUUUUUGUGACUCAAUACAGCGAUGCUGUGAUUCCAUGCAGACCAACUUCUCCCGACGUGCAAGUUGAACUCACCUACAUAGAUGGGAUUAAGAAACCUAAGGUCUAUCUCGGCAUAAUUGAUGAAGAGGGAAUCAUGUACCGUUUCCAUCCCCAUUUCGGCUUCAUUACUAACAACACCAAAGAGCAAGACCAAAAACUUUACGUCUGCAAGUUCACCAAUGACUUUCGCAAUUUUUCUAUAACAAUCAUAAUGGAAGUGGAACCGCUUAUACAUUCUGUACCGAAACCGCUGUUGGAGGAAAUCAGCGGUGGGCAUACUGUGGUUGGUGGACAAUUAAUUUUGGAAUGCAAAGUCAAGGCACUGACGUUUAUUACCAUCAACUGGAUUACACCAACAGGACCACCAGAUUUGCAACGAAUGGAAUUGUCGUCUCAACAGAAAACGGCUUUGGACCCUUCCAUGGUCACCCAGUUACUCACCAUCAACCAAACUACUUUGAAAGAUAAGGGGAUGUACUACUGUAAUGUCAGUGAUAACCAAAAUCAUAACAGCGUGAAUAGUCUCAAUGUCAUCAUUUAUCGCCCUGACGAACAUUUUAUUAAUCUAACUGAAGAAAACGGUCUUUAUUCAAUAUCUCAAACAGCCGGUGAACCUCUAGUCCAAUGGCGUAUCGAUGUGAACGGCCAUCCACAACCCAACUUAUUCUGGUUAAACAACAACAACGAAACCAUUUCUAACGAAAGAAAAGAUAAAUACGAAAUAAGCUUUACCAAAUCCGAGGCUCUUUUGAAAAUCAAAGACAUUGCAAUCACUGAUUACGGAAAUUACACUCUCAUAGCGCAAAACGACUUUGAAACGAAAGCUCUGGUUCUGUUUCUUAAUGUCACCGAUAAACCUUCAGUAAUUCUAGAAAGUGACGAGUUUCACAUAGUUAAUCAAAUGGGAGAAGUUAGAUGUGUUGUAGCUGCUCAUCCUGAAGCUACCAUAUUUUGGUCUUUUAAGCCGUGUUUGGACAACUCCUGCGAAUUUCAUAGUAUUAAUGAAACAAGUGCCGAAAGAAGAGGCUUGCAGAUUGUUUCUCGUGUUAGGAUUAACUCUUUGAAUACAGGAUACAUCAAAUGUUUAGCGCAAAAUUCCAUCGGUGAGGAUAAAAUCACCAAAGCGUAUUACGUAACAGAUGUGAAGAAUGGCUUAGACAUCUUCGGUUUUGACACAACUGUUAAUGUUGAUGAGGAAAGCAAUGAGGCAGAGGUUGCAGUUGGGGAAACAGUCAAAAUGACAUGUGGGGCUUCAGUUCAUAAUUACAGUUCAAAUAUGAAAUGGUUGCGUAAUAACAAACCUUUAGAAAAUGAUGAAAAACACCGAAUCGAUUCUAGUCACACCGAAUACAGCAAUCGUUUGACUUUGAAUUUACUUGAAGUGGAUUUUGAUGAUGCUAACAUGUACAGUUGUGUUGUUAAAACAAUCAGUGGUAAAUUUGUAUCCAAAAAUAUUACGCUGKGAAUUUCAGAACCAACUAAGCCUAUUAUCGUGCAAGAUAAUAUGAAGAAGGACAUGGAGUUGUUAUUACCGAACAGAGUGGCRUUUUAUUGCAUAGUCAAAGGAGUYCCUAAACCAACRAURACGUGGACUAAGAAUGACCAAGUAAUUCAACCAUCAAAUCGGACACAUUUCCAAAAUGGCAACCAAAAACUCUAUUAUUCUGCUCUGGAUUAUAAGGACAAAGGUACUUACAAAUGUGUUGUGUCAAAUAGAGCUGGAACAGUCUCAAAGAAAGUCCAUCUUGACUUUAAAAACAAUCUGGAUUCGGGAGCUUUGGAUCACAAACUUUUAUGGAUAAUAAUCGUUUUAGUGGUUACUUUAGUUGGAAUCUGUAUUUUCGUUGUAAUAAAAGUACGAAACGAGCGAAAGUUGCAAAAAGAGCUCGAAUUUAUCGGCUUGUCGAACUUCCAAAAAGGAGCUAUAGAAAACUUAAAUCCGGAUCUUGGGAUUGAUGAUCAAGUUGAAUUGUUACCUUAUGACAAACAAUGGGAGUUUCCAAUCCAGAAGCUUAAAUUAGGUAAACAACUCGGUUCGGGAGCAUUUGGUGUUGUUAUGAAAGGUGUAGCCAAAGGAAUAAUUGAAGGUGAAGAAAGCACUGUAGUUGCGGUAAAAAUGGUCAAGAAAAAUGCUGAUUACACGUACAUCAAAGCUUUGGCAUCGGAACUUAAAAUAAUGGUACAUUUAGGAAAACACUUAAACGUUGUCAAUUUGCUGGGAGCAUGUACCAAAAACGUCGCUAAAAGAGAACUUCUUGUAAUUGUAGAAUUUUGUCGAUAUGGAAACCUUCAAAAUUAUUUAUUACGUCAUCGAGAAAAUUUCAUUGACCAAGUCGAUCCAAAAACAGGACACAUUGAUUACACCAUUGGUCAGGAAAUAUUGGAAAGGACUUACUCUGCGUCAAGUAACCGAAGUAAUACCCAAUCACCAUACAUGAAAUACGCCGCCUUAUCGUUUUCAAACAGUAAUGGAAACAGCCCCCACAUGGUUGAUUACCGAGGAGACAACUACAAUGGUGGUACCACCACAGCCAAAACAGACAUCACCACUGUUUCCAUGUCUCCGAAUUCGGAUGAAGAGGAGGUAAUUUUGAGCAACAACAGCAGUGUCCAACCAGAAUGGCGUUCGAAUUACCACGGAGACUACAAAGACAACAUCAAACCAAUCUGCACUAAAGAGCUUCUAGCGUGGGCUUUUCAAGUUUCUAGAGGAAUGGAAUAUUUGGCGUCUCGUAGAGUGCUCCAUGGUGACUUGGCGGCAAGAAAUAUUCUUUUGGCUGAUAAUAACGUCGUAAAAAUUUGUGAUUUCGGGUUGGCUAAAAGUAUGUACAAAAGUGACAACUACAAGAAAAAAGGAGACGGCCCCCUGCCGGUCAAAUGGAUGGCUGUUGAGUCAAUCCGUGACAAAAUUUUUUCGACUCAAUCUGAUGUUUGGUCCUUUGGGAUAGUCCUGUGGGAGUUUUUCUCGUUAGCUAAGACUCCGUAUCCCGGAAUGGAGGCCGACGAAAGACUUUACAACAAACUCCUGGAUGGAUACAGAAUGGAAUCCCCCGAAUACGCACCGAAAGAAAUCUACAAAAUGAUGUCGGACUGUUGGCACGCCAAACCCCUCUUAAGGCCAUCCUUCAGCAAACUCUCCGAACGAAUCGGAUCACUCCUCGAGGACACCGUCAGAAAGCAUUACAUCGACUUGAACGACCCGUACCUCGUGAUGAACACUCAACGCCUCGAGGACGGCCACAGCGACUACCUCGCAAUGUUGAGUCCUCCCAACUUCGAAAAUCUCUCCACUCCACAGUACGUCAACGAUUUGCCUCACGACGAAGGCACUCCAGGCUACCUCUGCAUGAAGCCUGCAAAUAUCUUCAGUCCGAGAGUGGACGACCCAAGAGUUUUUGAUUUCGACGUCAACAAAACGAGAAAAGUCGAAGCAACCAGAAACGAACUCGCGCCAAUGUUGGGGAUUCAUAACGAGUCGGACUGCGAAAGCUCUUGCAAUAGUCCAGUAGCACCCAACAGUUUUUCAAAUCCUUCCUAUCACCUACCUCCUGUCGUUGAUGAGAAAGGACAGGUUAAAUUUGAGAAGGACAUCGUCAAGUUUUCUGACAAUUACGUGAAUAUGCCGCAAAAUAAAAGUGUACUAAAAGACAAUAACCCAUUUAGCACGAAAUCGAAUAAAGAUGCAACGUAUGUUAACAGUAACAGUAGAGACUGGGAAAGUGUGCAAUUGUAAAUUAUUCUGAUUUAUUGUAUUCAAGUACCUUUGAAUCCUUCAUUUUCUAUGUGCCAAAGAGUAUUUAAACUUAUUUGUAUCGCAUUUUGUAUUAUAUUUUUAAAUAAAGUUACAAAAAUUUGUACAAAACAUUAAAAAUUAAAUUAUACAGAGUUUAAUAAAAAACUUAAAGCUUCAA